AUGCCCUCUACCCUCCUUGGUGUUGACAUCCAUGAGGAGCAAUAUUGUGCCGUGGAGUCCCCGGGCUCCCGACAUAGGAAUGCGCCACUAAUCCAUACACAACUCACAUCUCAGGUCAUUAGCGAGUGUGUGCAAAUUGUACCACUAAAAGUUUCCCUUAACCAAUCCUUCGGCACCAACUCUCCUCCACUUCACAUUUGUUUACUCGCUGGGAGUAGGCGUACAGAACUGCUCAUUCCCAAGCCUGUCUGGCAGAUCGAGGCCUCUUCGAGUCAGUACUGCGCCCGACCUCCAUUCCUGGUCUUUGACACUACAUGUGAAUUCUACAUCGACCCCAAUGGCGGUCACUGGCGCGACUCCUUCCCGGUGCAAUGCCAACUGGGCACACUGACCACGGUCAUUCCGUCGCUCAUGAAGCACCCUAAACCAGUCGGUCUCUCGCGCAUCGUCAAUAACUACGGUUCCUUCUGGUACGCCACUGCGGCUCUCAAAUCCAACGAAGCGGUAAGCAAACCUCCUCCUGUCCAAUCCCAUUGA